UAUGUUCUUCUCUGUCCUUUGACCAGGUGGCUCUGGCUAUUGCAAAUACGGUUGGAGCAAGUAUGCUGCUCCAUCUGUGCGCUCUGCUACUUUCUUGGAAUUUGGUAACAUUGAGUCUCCAAUGUAUACCAGACUUAGACAGUUUUUUUCCACUAUUUAUAGCAGGAUGCAGGUAAGAGCACCAUCACAUCCAGUGGUUGUGUCUAUACCAAUAUUGCAUUAUGAUGAUACUGAAUCUGCAAAAGCAUCAAGACGACAACUCAAGGAAGCUAUAUAUACAACACUAUUUAACAUGAAUGUUCCUGCUGUUUGUGCAAUUAAUCAGGCAACUUUAGCUUUGUAUGCUGCUAGAAGAACUUCAGGAAUUGUUGUAAAUAUUGGGUUUCAAGUCACAUUAGUUGUUCCAAUUUUACAUGGUAAAGUAAUGCGCAAAGUGGGUAUGGAGGUUGUGGGACUGGGAGCACUAAAACUUACCGGGUUUCUUAAGGAGUUGAUGCAGCAGAACAAUAUUAGUUUUGAAUCGCUGUACACCGUUCGCACUUUGAAAGAGGUACAAGUCUUGCUUGUUUCUUGA